AUUACAGAUGUACAGAGCCACCCCCAGUUUUACCUUGUGUUUGGAGACAGUCUCUUGGGCUUGCUGAUGAGGCGCCCAGGGACCUCACCAUGGAAACCGACUCCAGCGAGCCGCGGGCACGGAAGACGUGGGGGCCAAGGACUCGGCGACCGUGAGAAGCGGGGAGACGACUGGGGGCCGCGGGACCUCGCCCUCCCCACACUCCCCGCACAUCCCUGAGUCCCCCAGACUGAUCGUGCGCGCUCAAGGCGCACAGAGGGCGCGCGCAAGGGGCAAGGUAGGGACCCGGAUCGCCAUCCCCGGCGGGGCCGGAGACCCUGGGACCCGCAGAACCGGAGGCGGAGGCGCCCGAGCCGGGGGCGGGGCCGGGGCGGGGCCCGAGCGGUGCGCCCGGCGAGCAGACAAAGAGCCCGCGCCCCGCGCCCCGCGCCCGGGCCUCGCGUCCCUCCCACGCGGGGGCCCUGGCUUUGUGUCCGCGCUCUGCAGCGGACUCCGCCCUCCCUGCAGUCGCCAGGUGAGCGAGCCGCGUGCGCGCGCGGGGGCUCCGGCAACCCCCUUCCCCAAGCACCCCUUCUCCGCUCCAGCCUCAGUUUCCAGAACCACCUUGCCCAGCCCUUGUGUCCCACUUGCGGACUCUCUCUGCGCACCUCCUGGUCUCCAGCGCGCCUUUGUCCCCCUGCAGCCUCGGCCUACAGCGCCCGCGUCAUCAUGAUUGCUAUGAAGGAGAAGAAUAAAACGCCGAAGGACAGCAUGACGCUCUUGCCUUGCUUUUAUUUCGUGGAGCUGCCUAUUGUGGCGUCCUCCAUUGUGUCCCUAUACUUCCUGGAGCUGACCGACCUGUUCAAGCCGGCCAAGGUGGGCUUCCAGUGCUAUGACCGCUCGCUGUCCAUGCCCUACGUGGAGACAAACGAGGAGCUGAUCCCACUGCUCAUGCUGCUGAGUCUGGCCUUCGCGGCUCCUGCGGCCUCCAUCAUGGUCGGCGAAGGCAUGGUCUACUGCCUGCAGUCCCGGCUGUGGGGCCGCAGCCCAGGGGGCACAGAGGGCAGCAUCAAUGCGGGCGGCUGCAACUUCAAUUCCUUCCUCAGGCGCACAGUGCGCUUUGUAGGUGUGCACGUGUUUGGCCUGUGUGCCACGGCUCUGGUGACGGACGUCAUCCAGCUGGCCACCGGCUACCACACGCCUUUCUUCCUAACCGUCUGCAAACCCAAUUACACUCUGCUGGGCACUUCCUGUGAGGCAAACCCUUACAUCACGCAGGACAUCUGUUCUGGCCAUGACACUCAUGCCAUCCUGUCGGCACGGAAGACCUUCCCGUCUCAGCACGCCACUCUGUCUGCCUUCGCCGCUGUCUACGUCUCGAUGUACUUCAACUCAGUCAUCUCGGACACCACAAAGCUGCUGAAGCCCAUCCUUGUGUUCGCUUUCGCCAUUGCUGCUGGUGUCUGUGGCCUCACACAGAUCACCCAGUACCGAAGCCAUCCCGUGGAUGUCUAUGCUGGCUUUCUUAUUGGUGCUGGGAUCGCUGCCUACCUGGCCUGCCAUGCGGUGGGCAACUUCCAGGCACCAACGGCAGAGAAGGUGCCUAUGCCAGCUCCUGCCAAGGACGCCCUGCGAGCACUGACGCAGCGGGGCCACGAGUCCAUGUAUCAGCAGAACAAGGCUGUGAGCACAGAUGAGCUGGGCCCUCCAGGGAGGCUAGAGGGUGUGCCGCGGCCUGUGGCUCGGGAGAAGACAUCUCUUGGCAGCCUGAAGCGAGCCAGUGUGGAUGUGGACCUGCUGGCCCCACGCAGCCCCAUGGGCAAGGAGGGUAUGGUCACCUUCAGCAACACACUGCCCCGUGUCAACACGCCCUCGCUGGAUGACCCCGCGCGGCGUCACAUGACCAUCCACGUGCCCCUCGAUGCCUCCCGUUCCAAGCAGCUCAUCAGUGAGUGGAAGCAGAAAUCACUGGAGGGUCGCGGCUUAGGACUGCCCGAUGAGGGCAGCCCUGUGCACCUGCGGGCCCCGGCAGAGCCCAUGGCAGAGGAGGAGGAGGAGGAGGAAGAGGAGGAGGAAGAGGAGGAGGAGGAAGAGGAGGAGGAGGAAGGACCCGUACCACCUUCACUCUACCCCACUGUCCAGGCUCGGCCAGGGCUGGGGCCCCGCGUCAUCCUGCCUCCAAGGCCAGGGCCCCAACCGCUUGUGCACAUCCCAGAGGAAGGCAUGCAGGCUGGAGCUGGGCUGUCGCCCAAGAGCAGCAGCUCGUCAGUGCGGGCUAAGUGGCUGUCAAUGGCUGAGAAGGGCGGGGCCCCAGGGGCUGCGGCUCCCUCACAGCCUCGGGUGGCCAACCCACCUAGGCUACUGCAGGUCAUCGCCAUGUCCAAGGCGGCAGGGGGCCCCAAGGCUGAGACAGCCUCAUCAUCCAGUGCCAGCUCAGACUCUUCACAGUACCGUUCCCCGUCAGACCGGGACUCGGCCAGCAUCGUCACAAUCGACGCUCACGCACCCCACCACCCUGUCGUGCACCUGUCUGCUGGCAGCACACCCUGGGAGUGGAAAGCCAAAGUGGUGGAGGGUGAUGGCUCCUACGAGCUGGGGGACCUGGCGCGAGGCUUCCGGAGCGGCUGCCAACAGCCGGGCAUGGGCCCGGGGUCUCCAGUCAGUGAUGUGGACCAGGAGGAACCCCGGUUUGGAGCUGUGGCGACCGUCAACCUGGCCACUGGGGAGGGUCUGCCCCCACCAGGUGCAAGUGACGGGGCCCUGGGCGCAGGCAGCCGUGAAUCCACCCUAAGGCGCCAGAUGGGUGGGCUGGGGGAACGGGACGUGGAGGCCGAGGCAGAAAUUUACUACAGGAGGAUGCAGGUCCGCAGGUGCCAGGACUAAGGCUGGCAGGCCAAUGGGGUGGAGGGCUGGGAGCAUCUGCAGCGCCAAUAAAAGGUUGACUAUGACAAUA